AUGUUCUUAUUUCGACGAGACAUUCAUAUCUAUCUAUCUAUCUAUCUAUCUAUCUAUCUAUCUAUCUAUCUAUCUCAGUCUGUUCAUAUCUAUCUAUCUAUCUAUCUAUCUAUCUAUCUAACUAUCAUUGCUUCCUAUUUUAAGUAUCUAUCUAUCUGUCUCUCUCUCAUUCUAUUCAUAUCUAUCUCAUUCUGUUCAAAUCUAUCUAUCUAUCUAUCUAUCUAUCUAUCUAUCUAUGAUAGUUCUAAUUUGUUCUUUUCCAAGACUAGUUUUUUUGGUUCUAAUUUUUCCCUUUAUUAUCUUAUUCGUCUCUCUUUCUCUCCCCUCUCUCUCUCUCUGACUCUGUCUCUCUCUCUGUCUUUCUGUCUCUCUCUCUCUCACACUUCGGGGUCUCUUAUUAUUCACUCCUUUCAUAUUUCUUUUUUUUAUUCAAUUUCUCUCUUUCUUUCGCCAUUAUCUAUUUUCUUGGCGUUCUUUUUUUUGUCUUUCUUUCUGUUCUUUUUCUUUGUUUCUCUUUCUUUUUCUUUCGUUUUCCGCUUCUUGCUUUCUUUUAUCUGUCCUAUGCUUUCUCUCUUUAAUUUUCUUUCUUUUUCUUUCUCUUUUUUCUUCUUUAACUUCCCUUUCUUUCUUUCUUUCUUUCUUUCUUUCUUUCUUUUCUUUUCUUUUCUUUUUUUCUCCUUUGUUUUUUGUUAUUUCUUUAAAAGUGUUUUUGUGUUUCCUUUUAUUAAUUACUCUCUAUUUUUUCUUUCUCUUUUCUUUCUUUCUUUCUUUUUUCUUUCUUUCUUUCUUUCUUUCUUUUUUCUUUCUUUCUUUCUUUCUUUCUUUCUUUUUUCUUUCUUUCUUUAA